GGAGAUCCACUCAAACAGCUAGGUCAGCACGAACACCACAAAGCGGGGGUGGGCGAGCAUAUCACCACCCAAUCCUCAAUGGAUCAAAUUAAACAAAAAAUAAAAAACGAAGGAGAAGAUGUUGGGCAGUGGCAGAGUGGCGGUAGUGGCGUCUUCUGUUUCAUCGCCUUCAUUUCUGUUUAAACUGGGACCCAAAACCCACAACUUUUUCUCAUCCAAAAGCGUAUCUUUCGGAUCCUCAGCCUUGUUUUCUGGCGGGUCUUUGCUGAUCACCAAAUCCCAAAACAAAGUUCACAGGAUAUUCAGUAGCAAGGGUAGAGGAAUGGACAAUUUUGGUGCCCGGGCGUCUGCUCAGCCUUUGAAGAAACCUGACGAGCUCAUCGACUCUGUUGAGACCUUCAUCUUUGAUUGUGAUGGUGUUAUUUGGAAAGGAGACAAAUUGAUCGAUGGAGUGCCAGAAACUCUUGAUAUGCUGCGUUCAAAGGGAAAGAGAUUGGUUUUCGUUACCAACAACUCAACCAAGUCUAGGAAACAAUACGGUAAAAAAUUUGAGACACUUGGUCUCAGUGUCAGUGAGGAGGAAAUUUUUGCAUCAUCUUUUGCUGCUGCUGCAUAUUUGAAAUCCAUAAAUUUCCCAAAAGACAAGAAGGUUUAUGUUAUUGGAGAGGAUGGCAUCUUGAAGGAACUUGAGCUUGCUGGAUUUCAAUAUCUUGGUGGGCCAGAAGAUGGCGGGAAAAAGAUAGAGCUGAAGCCAGGCUUCCUAAUGGAGCAGGAUAAGGAUGUUGGGGCCGUUGUAGUUGGAUUUGAUCGCUAUUUCAACUACUACAAAGUCCAGUAUGGAACACUCUGUAUUCGAGAAAACCCUGGCUGUCUCUUCAUUGCUACAAAUCGUGAUGCUGUAACUCAUCUCACGGAUGCUCAGGAGUGGGCAGGUGGUGGUUCUAUGGUUGGUGCUAUUGUUGGAUCUACUCAGCGUGAGCCAUUGGUUGUGGGAAAGCCCUCGACUUUUAUGAUGGACUACUUGGCAGACAAGUUCGGCAUUCUUAAGUCACAGAUAUGUAUGGUUGGGGACAGAUUGGACACUGAUAUUUUGUUCGGACAAAAUGGUGGCUGCAAGACUCUUCUGGUUCUAUCGGGAGUGACAUCAUUGUCAAUGCUUCAAAACCCCAACAACUCCAUACAACCAGAUUUCUUCACCAACAAAAUUUCAGAUUUUCUCUCUCUCAAGGCUGCAACUGUAUCAUAAUGUAAGCACUAUGCAUCAUUCUGCUUAGGCACAUCUGUUAUAGUUCAUUUAUGAAUAAAAAUUGUAGAUGUGUGGUGCUUUGCAUGAUCAUCUGUUAUAUCCAUAUCAAAACUAAACGAAUCAGAUACUAAAAGCUACUCUUUAAGAGUAUUUUUUUUAACCUAGAAGUCGGUAAGAAGAUCUCAUUCUUAUUCUAUGAUCGUUUUGUUUGAGAAUAUCAGCAUUUCUGCUUCUA